AUGUGUGGGCCACGGACGGACGCGCCGUCACACCUGUGCAGACGUACAAUAGGGAAACCGAGAGCAUUUCCAUGUGAAUGUCGCUGCGGGUAUAACUACGUCGCCGGCGCCGUGCUGUUAUCAGUAGAGUCCUCCAUUAUCAGUGCCAUGUGGCGGUCCAUCAUAGUGCUGUCUGUGGUCGCCGGGCUGGCCGCCGGGUCUGCCAUCCAGAGGGUGCCGAGGGAGAGGAAAGCUGGCUUCGGAGCCGGCCUCGCCACCAUCGUCGGCACCCUCGCCAUCCUGAAGGUGAAGGCGUUCAUAGUCACCCUCAUAGUGUUCGCUAUCGCCGCGUUCCUCUCCAGGUUCGUGGGUCUAGGAGGAUGUCUAGGAGGAGGCGAGUAUGGCUGUGGAGCCUCUGCUCUCCUGUCUCCCACGGCCCACUCCAACAACUACGGGUACAACUACGACACCUACACUGGCUCCAACACCGGCUACAACUACUACAACCACAAGAGAUCCGCCAAGUCCAUCCAAGGUUGGGACAUCCUAGACAUGAGUAUGGAAGUUUUGGGGCUUGAGUCUGACGAUUGCAAGAAGAAAUUCGUGUGUCUGGCAGACAACGAAGCGAUAGAGAACCCGUUACUCAACAUCCUUAUGAGGGCUUUCGGGUCUAGUCUGACCAAGUACCGAGACCUGGAUGACGUAAGCGGCUCCAAAUCAGCCCAAAACUGCGACAAGCUCUACCCGAAAUGCGCCCGGCCCCUGCGUCGGACCUCCCCUGAAGAGGAACCAUCUGAUAAACUACCCUACGACGACAAGCCCACUGAUAAGCUGCCCUACACUGACGUCACGUCUACUGAUAAGGUGGCUUAUCACGAUAAGAGAAAGAUCGGAAUCCACCGGUGAAACAC